AUGUUGGUUGGUUUUCUGGCUCCUGCUCUCAGUCCCUGCCACAGGGCUUGCCAGUAUUUACCAAGGGAGUCCUUCCCGUCUGGGGCGUUGAACUCCCAGGAUCCGGCAGUGUUCCUCAGUGUUGAAGAGAGUCAGGAGGAGAUGGCGACAUUCGUCCCAGUUGGGGCCCGGCUGUCCGGAGAGUCAGAGCACCAGUCCGAAAGAGAAUCCGGAAUACCAUCAGGUGGCAUGCCUCCUUGUUCAUCUCAGAGCUCCUUCGCUCCGACUCAGCGAGCCACCGGUCCGGCAGCUCAAGGGGCCAGUGUCGUUGGAAUCUCUCUGGGGCCUCCAGAAAUGUUGCACAAAUCAGUCCAUCAAGAAACCAAGCACCACAUUCGGAGGGCCGCCACAAAGCUGACCGACAGCGUGCUGCGGAGCUUCCGUGUCGCCGAGGUAUUCCCCGAGAACUCGGACAAGAUCAACUGCUUCGACUUCAGCCCCAACGGCGAGACGGUCAUCUCGAGCAGUGACGACGACUCCAUCGUGCUCCAUGACUGCCAGGAGGGCAAACCAAAGAGAACCCUAUACAGUAAGAAAUAUGGCGUGGACCUCAUCAGAUACACUCAUGCAGCAAACACAGUCAUUUACAGCUCUAAAAAAAUAGACGAUACUAUUCGUUACCUGUCCUUGCAUGACAACAAAUACAUCAGAUACUUUCCUGGACAUAGCAAAAGGGUGGUGGCCUUGUGCAUGUCACCUGUGGAUGACACUUUUGUUUCUGGGUCUCUUGAUAAGACCAUUCGGCUCUGGGAUCUCCGAUCUCCUAACUGCCAGGGUCUCAUGCAUCUACAGGGCAAGCCAGUUUGUUCUUUUGAUCCAGAAGGAUUAAUUUUUGCUGCAGAUGUCAGUUCUGAAAUGGUCAAACUUUAUGAUCUUCGCUCUUUUGAUAAGGGGUCAUUUGCGACAUUUAAAAUGCAGUAUGAUCGGACUUGUGAGUGGACAGGACUUAAGUUCAGCAAUGAUAGUAAACUCAUCCUCAUUUCCACCAAUGGCAGCUUCAUUCGUCUGAUCGAUGCAUUUAAGAGAGUGGUGAUGCAUACGUUUGGGGGUUAUGCCAACAGCAAAGCUGUCACACUAGAGGCCUCGUUUACUCCAGACUCACAGUUUAUUAUGAUUGUCGAGGAUGGCAAGAUCCAUGUCUGGAAUGGAAAGAGUAGUAUAAAAGUAGCUGUAUUGGAUGGCAAACACACAGGCCCCAUUACCUGUUUGCAGUUCAACCCCAAGUUCAUGACUUUUGCCAGCACUUGUUCCAACAUGGCCUUCUGGUUGACCACCAUUGAUGACUGACCUGCAUGGUGCUUGGCUGUUUUCUGUACAGCGAGGGUGGCCAAUAGGAAAAAACUCAGAGGGGACUAGGAUAAGAGUGGGAUUGGAUCAUUUGACUGGGCUGGA